AUGAUGUUCCCCCGCACACGCUUACGCGUUUUCGAUGGAGGCGAGGCGAUGGGGACAGCCGCUCAGCGUGAAGACGAUCGUAACUCGCGGUUUAUUCGCGUUUCUGGCACAACAUUUGUGCAUCUGAACGACCACUGCUCCUGUCAGCUGGGAGUAAAUUGGCGGGAAGCUGCACGGGUCUACAAGGUGGUGGUCGAGCAGUGGCAGAAUGCAGAGCGCGACAAUUCUGCGAAUGGUGACGGCACGUCCGGAUUCGAAUUUGAGCUUUCGCUGGUCUCAGCAGGAUCUGGCUCAGGGUUGAGUCCCCCAUCACCGAGGAAAAGCGUGCCAAGUGCCGAGUCCAGCAGUACCAAUACCAUUGGCAAUGUGAGAAAGCAGAUGCCUCCUCAUUUACGUGUCCGUGAUCGCCUUGUCGGACUUCUGUCAGCGUCAGGCCUUCGUGUCGGUUUGCCGUCUGCUGUUUCAGUUGUCUUUUCUCAAAGUGAACUGGGCAGCACUGCUACUUCGACGGAAAGAAUCUGCACGUCGUCACAGGAGGUUGCGUCAACGACAUCACUUCCCUGA